GUGCACUCUGGGUGCUCAAAUUUUCCACAGCUGACUUGCCUGAGAGUUGUGUUCAACCGAUGUCAUGCUAUGUUGGUACAGUAACUGUGUAGUCAGCUAACUGUGUGCAUAUAUAUAUACACACGACAGAAACAUGAUCAUCUGACUUCAACUGGCAAUCACGAAACAGGAGAUGGACAAGCAGAGCAAAUUGUCACCUGUAGUCCAGCCCUUUGUUCCAAAAGUCCAGCAGGAAGGGAGAUUGGAGGCCCCUAAACAACUGACAACUUCACUGCCCCUGACACUACCAAACCCUUAUCUGUUAGAUCAAGGUUCUAGAAGGCAUCAGGCUGGUAAGUCUACUUCAGGUGACGGCUCGAGAAAGAGCCCCAGGCAGAGGCCAUCAACCACUGAUGGUAUGCGAGGAGACGCACAGAGCAAGCAUGGCUACAUCAGCAGCCGUCGUACCAAAGGGACAACCGAGACCAGUGCAUACACAGCUGGAGAACGACUCAUACGUGAUCAGCAGACAAAGGCAUCAAAAUCUAGUUCUGAGUUUGGUUCCCAGGACAAUAACAUGAUCAGGACAUCCUUGGAUGCACCAAGAAGAGGGGGUUUUAGAGGGACCAGAUCUGCCCCAAAGUCAUCAGAGAGAUCUGAACCUGCCCAGUUGGAUCUUGUCACGUUUGAGGUGAAAAUGGCUGAAUUCCCAGAGCUGGGUGGUUUGGCACCCGGCAGUCCUGCACUUCCCGCCCCACAGAAACCUGGAACCUGCUGGGGAUCAGCCUCACCAUCCCUCACCCCCCAUCAUCAGAGCUCAGUAUGCACUAGUAAGACUACACCAGUAAGAAAAGGACAAAGACAGGACCCCAGUCGAUGCACCGCUUCCAGUGAAAAUAUUGAUGCAUCCUUGACUAUCGCACAAGCUCAGACUGUGGAGGCAGUUUCACAGAGCAGUGGCCUAGCAGUGACCUCCUGGGCCAAUGUGGCCUCCCAGCCUCCAAAGAAAGUAAUCCCCAAGAAAACGGUUAAUAAUGGCACUCCCUCCCAGAAGGAAACAUCUGUGCAGCAAGAAGAACAAGCCUCUGAGAAGAAGAAGAAGAAAGGGAAGAAGAAGAAGAAAUCCAAAAUGCCGGGUGAAGUUGGAGCGUUAGAGGAGUCUGAGGACCUGGUCAUUUAUCAGGAGCCACCCAAGUUUGAGGAUGAAGAAGAGUUUCCAGACUUGUCUCUGGCCUUCGCUGGUUUAGCCAGAGUGCAAGGCCACAACUCAGUAGUGUUGAGCAACAUGGCAAAACUAGUCAACAAGGAGGAGGGUCACAGAGAAGGAACAGGACUCCAGCCAGGUGACCAAAACAAGGACAAAGCCACAGCAGGAAAAGCUCUCCCUUCAGAGACAAAGAAGGGACAGAAAGCUGAGAAGACCAGUGGGAAGAAGAGCAAAGUCCCUGUGCAGCUGGAUAUUGGGAAUAUGUUGGCGGUUCUGGAGAAGAAACAGCAAACUCAGAAAGACAAGCAGGACACCAAAGGGGUUAUCCUCUCAGUUGGUGGGUCGCUACCUGUCGGCCAUAAGAACGCACUAAUCCAGAAGAAACCAUUGACACAGGAUAAGAUAGCCCACAACCCCUUGGACUCGACCAGCCCUCUGGUAAAGAAGGGCAAGCAGAGAGAGGUUCCCAAAGCUAAGAAACCCACACCGCUGAAAAGGGUGAUUCUCAAGGAGAGGGAAGACAGGAAACAGAACCGUUUGCUGGAGGAGCGGGCACUGCCCCCUUCAAGUGAAGAAUCCAAGAUGGCCGGGGAAAUAACAGAGGAGCUGUGUGAGGCCAUCGGCAUAGACCAGGACCAGCGUGACUCUCCAGAUGUAAGCAGUAGCCCUACUAGCCCCUCUGUGCUUGAGGAGCAGUCAGAAGUACAUGGGGAGACUGAGGGGGACACUGAGGAGGAGACUGAGAAGGAGACGGAGGAGACUGAAGAGCCAACCAACCACUCUCAGCCACAGCACUGCCCUCCCUUUCGACCCAAAAUCCACAGCAGGAAAUUCAGAGAUUACUGCAGCCAGGUGCUGAGUAAAGAUGUGGACGAGUGUGUGACCAACCUGCUGAAAGAGCUGGUGCGCUUCCAGGACCGGCUGUACCAGAAAGACCCUAUGAAGGCCCGCAUGAAGAGACGUCUGGUCAUGGGCCUCCGGGAGGUCCUCAAACACCUCAAACUCAGGAAGGUCAAGUGUGUUGUCAUCUCCCCCAACUGUGAACGGAUCCAAUCUAAAGGCGGUCUGGAUGAAGCUCUCCACACCAUCAUUGACACCUGUCGGGAGCAGGGCGUUCCCUUUGUGUUUGCCCUCUCCAGGAAGGCCCUGGGCCGGUGUGUCAACAAAGCUGUGCCUGUCAGCCUUGUGGGCAUCUUCAACUACGAUGGAGCACAGGACCAUUACCACAAAAUGAUUGAACUGUCGUCAGAGGCGAGGAGAGCUUAUGAGGUGAUGAUAGAAAACUUGGAGUUGACAUCACAAGGAGAACAAGAGAACCAAGUGGAUCAGCUAAGCACUGGGCCACUGCCAUCUCCACCAGCCUGCUCAGAAACAGAGGAGCCAGAGUACAUAAAACUGUGGAAGAAAAUGCUGGAGAAGGAAUGCAAUCACAAGUUUUUAAACUUCGAGGAGCAGUUUAACUCCGUCCCCAGGGCCAGUGACUGUAAAGAACAGAUGGAUGAGAAGAGUUGAUGAUGGAGACUGUGCCUAAAAACCCACUUGAUGCCAGCGCUGACUGUCAGUCCUGAAGGAAAUACUUGAUGGCACCCUAUUCCUUAUAGUGCUAUAUUUUCUUUGCCAGAGCCCUAUGAGUGCUAGGUUAGGGAAUAUUGUGCCAUUUCAGAUGCUGACAGAUCAACAUUUCCUGGGACCAAACCAAUCACUAGAAGUGAUCCUUCAGCAUGUAUUUACACUGCUCCAUGAUUGACAGGUUUAUUUACCUAAUGUGCCUAUAUAAAAUAGAAUUAAAUUAUACUUUAUCUGUGAAUGUUAGAUGAGCGACAUGACCUCCAGAGGUCCACAGUUUUUUUUUCUGAAACAAAAAAUGCCACACGGUUUUGUUUUCUUGUGUUCAAAUUAGGCAUAUUAUUUCCUUUGUCAAUCAUGUGUGUACUUAUUGUAUAAGGUUGAGAUUCAGUGAUUGUUUCUUUGAGGCUACACCAGUCAACAAAUGUCUGCUGUCAUAUACACUGAUAUGAACUUUGGUCUUUGACAUUAGCAUUAUGUCUCUUAAGAAUAAAAAUGUUUUGUCAUUAAUUGUCAAAACCUUUUUAUUUUACUAGGCAAGUCAGUUAAGAACAAAUUCUUAUUUUCAAUGACGGCCUAGGAACAGUGGGUUAACUGCCUGUUCAGGGGCAGAACGACAGAUUUGUACCUUGUCAGUUCGGGGAUUUGAACUUGCAACCUUUUGGUUACUAGUCCAACGCUCUAACCACUAGGCUACCCUGCCUAAUGAAGGUUAUAUAAUUUUGUUUACUUUGUUACAUUCAUGUGCAUUACUUUAUAUUUUUAAUUGUUAAAUGUCUUUUAUAAUAUUACAAUAAUUAUGGUUCAAUGAUCAAUAAUGAUCUAAAGUGAUGUAUAUUGUAUUUUUGAUGUAUAUUAUUGUUUUUACAUUCUAUUCCUUCAGAUGCAUCAUUUUGAAUGUGACUGUAGUGUCAAUGCAGUACAACAGCCCCCAAAUCAAAAUGAUCAAAGCUGUACAACGAAUCAGUUAUUCUUGUUUUAAGCAAUUACAAUGAAAAAUCUUAUUCAACAUUCAUCAAA